AUGCCUCCCAAGUCCUCUGGUCCAAAAGCUUCAUGGAACCAUGCAGAAGUUGAUGCACUCAUUAAAUAUCUUCAUCACCAUCACUUUGAAGCAGGAGACAAUGGGAACUUCAAAUCCACUUUGUAUACAUCUGCUGCUGUGCAUAUAUCUGAAUUCCUCACAGAAGGGCUGCCAAAAACUAGAGAUAUGGUGAAAAAUAAGUGGGUCUUGCAUAUUCAGAAGAUUUACCAUGAUAUUGAGGGAUAUCAUCUCAAGUCUGGGCAUCAUUGGGACAACAAGCAUGGGGCUGGAGUACAGGGCACAUUUGAUGAGCAAGUAUUUGAUGAAUGUGUGAAGACUUUUCCCCAGAUCUGUCCCUUCAAACAGUCUGGGUGGCAGUACUACAACUUUGUGGCUGACAUAAUCCCUAACAGUGGUGCACAUGGUACCAAUGCAUUUACUCCAAGUACCUCCCAGAUUGCUACCAGUUCUGCAGGCAACAACUCUGAAAACCUGCCUGCACUCAAUGGAGAACAACAAGAGACCAGUGCCCCUCCCCCCCUGGAACCAACUGCUACUGAUGGACCCAAACCUCCCCAGGGUGUCUCUGAGUGGUGCAACAUGUCCACCUCUGCUUCACUAUCCAGCUCCACAAAGCAAUCCCAUAUGACAAUGGAAGGGAAGUCUUCAAGCAACAGCAGCAUUCAGCCAUCCAGCUUAGGUGUUUCUUGCUCCAGUUUGAAUAAUGCUGUCUCAUCAGGGAAGUGGAAGGCUCCAGAUUGUGAUACUGGAGAUAUUGUUCAGAUGUUGAUCCUUAUGCAGGCUAAAUUGAUGCAGAAAAUGAUGGAAACCCAGGACACCAACAUAAUGAAGGCAAAGGCUACACUCAAAUCCAAGGACUUCCAGCUUGAACAUCAGGACCUCUUCAAGGUUGAUAAGCUGUAUUUUGAAGAGAUGGGCUUGCACAAGAAAUUCAUGAAGAUAGUUGAAGAGGGACUUGUCAUUCUCAAUGUGGAGGAACUCAGCAUCAAGCUGGCAGAGCCCAGUGAUAAAGCAGAUGCCAACAUCAGCAGCAUGGAGUUGGAUUCAGUUCCCCAACAGGACAGGGGAACUGAAUUGCUGAAGGACUCAGGAUGGUUAUCUGCAAUUUGA